AUGGCGCUAUUGGCUUUUCCAUCUCUUUCAAGAUGGCACAAUUUUCCGAUUGAGGGACGACGUACCGUUGGUGGACUGAUGAACCGAUUAUUGGAGGAUUUCGAGGACUCGCUUCAACCAUUCUGGGAGUGUUCCACUACGAGUAAAAAUUCGUUCGGCGAGAUUGUUGAUAACAAGGACAGCUUCGGUAUCCGAUUGGAUGUAAGCCAUUUCCGACCAGAAGAAUUGUCGGUGAAGAUGCAGGAUGGGAGACUGUUUGUUGAAGGACACCACGAGGAGCGAAAUGAUCAGCAUGGUUCCGUGGAACGACACUUCAUCCGGAAGUACACUAUUCCAGAGACCGUAUUGCAAGACAGUUUGGAAUCACAGUUGUCCGAUCAGGGUGUUCUCCGAAUUACUGCUAAGAAGAAAGCUGUCGAAAGUCCCCAGUUUACAAAUAUUCCAAUUCAAUUCAAUUCGAUGAAAAGUGACAAGUAG